AGCAGCUACUUUCGUCUCCGGUCCGCCAUGGCUUCGGCUGCUUUCUCCAUGGCCAUACCAUCUCUUCAGAAGAAUGCCAAGGGAUUUGCAGACUUCUCGGGUUUACGCAACUCUACAAGUCUUCCCUUUGUCCCCACCAACAAAACCUCUGAUGAUUUCCUUUCAGUCAUUGCUUUCCAGACCUCAGCUAAUGGAAAUGAAGGAUACAGGAGAGGUGUGCCAGUUGCCAAGCUCAAGGUGGCAAUAAAUGGAUUUGGUAGAAUUGGCAGGAAUUUCUUGAGGUGCUGGCACGGCCGCAAGGACUCCCCGCUGGAUGUCAUUGCUAUUAACGACACUGGCGGUGUCAAGCAGGCCUCCCACCUCCUCAAGUACGACUCUACUCUCGGCAUCUUUGAAGCUAAUGUCAAACCUGUUGGCGAUGAUGCCAUCUCCGUUGAUGGCAAGGUCAUCAAGGUCGUCUCCAACCGCAAUCCCGCCAACUUGCCCUGGAAAGAUUUGGGGAUAGACCUGGUGAUCGAAGGAACAGGGGUGUUUGUUGAUAGAGAAGGUGCAGGCAAACACAUUCAGGCAGGAGCCAAGAAAGUGCUCAUUACUGCCCCUGGCAAGGGUGACAUCCCCACCUAUGUUGUUGGAGUUAAUGCCGAGGGUUACAGUCCAGAUGAGCCUAUCAUCAGCAACGCUUCUUGUACCACCAAUUGCCUUGCUCCCUUUGUCAAGGUCCUCGACCAGAAGUUUGGUAUUAUCAAGGGUACCAUGACAACAACUCACUCCUACACUGGUGACCAGAGGCUGCUUGAUGCCAGCCACCGUGACCUCAGGCGUGCAAGAGCUGCUGCUCUUAACAUUGUUCCAACUUCAACUGGUGCAGCAAAGGCUGUAGCCCUGGUCCUCCCAACUCUUAAAGGCAAACUCAAUGGCAUUGCUUUGCGUGUACCAACACCCAAUGUGUCAGUAGUUGACCUAGUUGUCCAAGUUUCCAAAAAGACCUUUGCCGAAGAGGUGAAUGCCGCCUUCAGAGAGAGUGCCGAUAAAGAGCUUAGGGGCAUCCUCUCCGUCUGUGAUGAGCCUCUUGUUUCAGUGGACUUCAGAUGCACUGAUGUCUCCUCAACUGUUGAUGCAUCACUCACCAUGGUUAUGGGAGAUGAUAUGGUUAAGGUGAUUGCUUGGUAUGACAAUGAGUGGGGCUACUCUCAAAGGGUUGUGGAUUUGGCUGACAUAGUUGCCAACAACUGGAAGUGAAUAAAGUAAUUAAGAUCAUUUCUAUCUUGCUACCUUUGGAUUAAUAUUUUUGGCUUUGCUCACCUCCCAUUUUGUUUUUGCUUUUAGAAACUCUGCUUUUCUCCGAAAUUGGAAUUUAUUAUUGUAUAAUUGUACUGUGGAUUGUGGAACCAUUUAAUUUCUGUAGCUUUGUUUAUGGAGUAUAAUCAAACUACUUGAAUCUG